AUGUGGUACAACCUCUAUGACCAUCCAUAUUCGACGUUUCCCGAUGAGGAUGGGAAUGCGAACCUGUUUGAAACUGUAGGUUAUUUGAUUGUUGCCAAACCUAAAACCAACUCGACUUGGGACCUCUUUCACCUGGUGCCUGACUUCGGAAGGCAGACUUUUCAACACUCCAGGCCACAGUUCGGCUCCAAUGACACUUCGGCUGGCACCAGUGUCCAGGAUGGCAAGCCCUUCUUGGGCAAUCCGACUCAGGUGAUCCAACUGGAUGCGGGGGAAGAGGUUCCCGUGCUCAGCCCGGCGGAAAGAAAGGAAUUGCAGAGGAGCAGCAAAGGAAAGGGCAAAGGUCGCAAAGGUGGUGGAAAAGGUUCCAAGAAGGGCAAAGGCAAAGGGAAGGGCGAACCCCAAGCCAAGCCCGAUGAGGGCCUGGUGGCUCGCGUCGCCAAGUACGCGCGUCCCACGAAAGGAACUCCCGAGGAGCUUAAGGUGAAGCACGAUCGAAAGCGGAAGGGUCAGGCGAAGCUCAAUCAGCGCCUGGACCGUGAAGCUGCCUUUCGCGCCGCGAAGGCGGAGGUGCUACAGACGGCAGAGCCGGGCCUCAUUGAAACGGAGGAGGCGGAGGAUACCACCAGGCUGACGCAGAAGGACAUCCUGGAUUCAGCUGGUGUGGGAGUGGCCCGCAAGUACUUCUCCUUUGAUUUGCCCUACGGUCCCUACAACUGUGACUGGGAGGAACUGGUUUUUGAGGAUGGAGAGGAUGGAGAUACCGAAGGGGAUCAGCGUUGA